CACUUCCUGUUUGCCAUGCAGUUCCUCUACGUGGAGAUGAAACUUCAGAAGUUGUUGACUGAUUGCAAUGGUCAAACUUAUGGACUAAUAUCCAGUCCCUGAAUACAGAAGGAGCAUGUCUGGUCUUUGGACACUCAUUGUGGAAGAAAAAAAUCGUUGUUAUGAGUAGAGGGUAUACUCGAGGUGCCAGCCGGGAUUCACUGCUGUCAAAGAAAAAUGACAACCAGUUCUCAUCCGGCCAGAUUCAAAAUGUCAAAUCUUCGAGAGUUUAUGUGUUUGGGAACGACUCGGUUGUCCAGGAUGAAGAGGAGGAGUAUGAACUCGAAAUGUCAGAAAUCAGAUCGAGGCGUGGAAUGUCACAACCUUCACGUGAAAUGGUCACAGAAAGCGAACCCUCAUUCUUCGAUAAGGAGCUUAGUGAAGGGGAUACACUGCAGAAAAUUGCCCUACAGUAUUCUUGUCCAGUGUCAGAGUUGAAGAGAAUUAAUAACUUAAUCCGAGAUCAAGACUUCUAUGCUCUGAGAAAAAUAAAAGUGCCUAUCAGGAGAUAUGGAGUCUUGUCAGAAAUUAUUGAAGAGGAGAAGAAGAAAAAACCCAGAGAAACGUUUUCUACGGAACUCAACAGUGCAAGUUACAUGGAGGAAACUGGCCCCCUUCUGGAGAACUAUGACGAUCCUGAGUCCUCCCACGACCUCAGUGACCCUGACACACAGAUGAAGAUCAUCCGGACACUCAGUAUACGAGAUAAUAUAAACUCCCAAAGCAGAGAAGCAGAGAAUUUUCUCAAAAGCAUGGAUAAAGAUUUGUCUAAAAUGAAAAAGUCUCGAGGGGACCGCAACUCUCUUGAUGAAGUAAUAUCAGUGCUGACAAACAAAACAUUCUACCCUCUUGAAAGGAGGAAAUCCCAGGCGUACAAUGGCGCGGACUGUGGAAUGUCGUACCGCACGAUUAUAGCAACAGUGAUUGUUCUCUGCAUCGUCAUUCCUGUUGUAUUGGGCACUGUGUAUCAUUUUAAGGGGUUUUCUUGAUCUUGCCAAAGAUGAAUGAAUGAUUAGGAUUAGCUUUGUCAGAACCAUGAUGUCCGACCAGUAUUAGGCAGGCAGAAGACAAAAUGUCACGUACUGGGAAAGUGAAAAUGUCUUAUUGUCAGGGCAGGGGCGGUCGGGUAGCCUAGUGGUUAAAGCGUUCGCUCAUCACGCCGAAGACCCGGGUUCGAUUCCCGACAUGGGUACAAUGUGUGAAGCCCAUUUCUGGUGUCCCCCGCCGUGAUAUUGCUUGAAUAUUGCUAAAAGCGGCGUAAAAUCUCACUCACUCACUAUUGUCAGGGCAGGAACUGGUGUUUCUAAGCACUUGAGCAGUGGGAAACUAACUAACACCUGAUUAUUCUCCUCUCCUGGAGGAUACCGUUAGCAUGAGUAAGAUACAGGGGUAAGAUAUGGUCACUUGUACCAUAGUCCAAGACUUGUAGAAAUCUAGAGAAACUUGUUUUUAAACAAACAUGGCAGCCAUGCUGAAAAACAUGUUCAUGGCAAUUACUCAACCAUUUUAGCUCAAAAUGUAAUGAAAUCUGGUAUGUAUGUGUAGUUAGUAGUUGGGCUAGACACACAUGUUCCUUUUUUGUGCUGUUUAAAAUGUCAACCACAGAAUUUCCUUUUACUUCUAGAUCUAUGUUUGCCAUAUUGGCUAGCAUAAUACUGAUGGAGGAUCAGUUAUGUAGAAAAUAUAUGUCUCCUGGCCUUGACAGACAAACUGUCUUCUCAAAGAUCAUAUGUGCAUGGUGAGCUAUCCACACGUAUCCAUGGUAAUAUAUCUUCAUUAUGCUACAAGACGUUUCGAUUGUAUUAGCGAAAUAUAAGUUGAGAUGAGUCCUGGUGAUUCUGUAGUCUGCUACUCAUUAAAUCAUAAAUAAACAGCAUCUGUUUUUAACCAACAUGGUCAACCAAACCAGCAUCAAAAUGAAGCUAAGGUGGGACUAGGUGCAGGGUCUGUAUCCCAACUGAAUGGAGAUUGAUAGUGAGCAAACUAUUGCUUCACCUAGCCUGGCUGAGUAGUCUCCUGUCUUGUAUCAUCUAUACCUGGGAGGACAUUGCUGAGUCCGCCAGCCUACUACAUCAAGUACACACUUGUCUACAGUUAUUGUCCCGUUCGGUAAUGUUGUAGACACAAGGUCCUUCCAUUAGACCACAAUAUUUAAGGAUUAGAUUUUUUAUCAAAAGUGUGAAAGGUGUUAUUUAAGAAUGUUUGUUUUUAAACCAACUGUUCAAGGCCUCCAUAUAUUAACUGUCAAUGUGUGAGUCAUGAUCCAUGAGUGUUUGGUAGGACCACAUAUAGGUGUAUUUCAUGAUGUAAAGAAAGGAACAGUUUCAGUUCCUUAUCGCUAGUUCCCCAGGGACAAUACAGUGAUGUGAGGAGGGAUAAAAGUAAUGAUUUAUUGUGGACUUCAUGGUUUUGACAAAGUGGGUGGUUCUACAACUUCUGCUGUUUAUCAUGUACAUAUGUUUCUCUAUGUCUACACUGUAUACUACCCGAUAUUGUGAUAUGGGAUGGUGAAAGUUUAAUAUCAAUUACUGAAGAAAAACAAAUCUGUAUAUAUGGAAGUGGUGAGUUCAUUUCAGUUUGUGUGUGCAAGUGUUUUAAAAGAACUGUCAUAUCACGACAGCCAUGAUGAAGAAUCAGUGUUUAAGAUUAGGAGUGAAAUCCUGGCACCCUUGUCAUUACUGUAAUGUAAAUAAUAAAACAUUUAAGGGGUCCUUAGAUUAAUAACAAUAGCAGAUAACCUCAUGCUUGAGGACCCAAGGAUUGCCCAUAUUUUUGAACACUGAAGCAUUAUCAUCGUGUAAUUUAAAGGUCAUCAUAAGACUGAACAUUGCAUAGACUCCAUCUUAUGUAAAGUCAUUCUCUUCUAUAUGUUGUAUAUAUUUUAAGAUUGUUUUUUCUUUGAUAAUUUACACCUCUAUGAAAUGCUUGAUAGCUGUAUUCAGCAGUCUGUGCCUUUAACUUCUUGAGAGAAAGUUUAGAGAAACAUGUUUCAACAUUAGUGAUCAGACGUCAUGUUUGUAGUGUGGUCACAGCUGGCCCAGUCAUCUAUGGUGUCACAGUUCGCUAUGCAGAUUUGCAUACCUGUGUCUUGCCAAGAUGCUACUAUUAUCAUAGGUUCGGAUCCCAGAUUCUCCGUGAUUGUUGAUCUGUCAGCACAAUGCCCAUGCUUGUGAGAUUCGCUAAAGUGGUAAAUGUCUUGGAUUUGAAUCUGUUUGGUCUUUCCUCCAUGUAAAGCUGACAUGCUGUGAUAUAACUGAAAUACUGUUCAAAGCAGCAUUAAAAACGACUCCCUGAUUCAUAUAUGUGGCAUGUUUGAGAAAUGAAAAACGAUGCUGAUGAUAUUACAAAGGCUAGUACGAAGUAGGUUGGAGUUGUUUUUCACAGGUUGUUUAUAGGAUUUCAUAGUUGAUAAAGAAUCGCUUAUAUAUUCGGGUAACAAGACAGGACAGUUGAACCAGGUGGCAGUGACGUGCCAGAUGAUGAUACUGCCACACCAUAUCCGCAACACAGCAUGUAGCACCAUCACCUCCUGGACAUAGUCCCCGGCCCGGCAGUGUUCCACAUCCCCUACUUCAUCAAUGCCGCCAUUGUGCCUGCAGUAGGAACACAGCCCCAUCUCAUGGCAACCGCCACUGUUUUGCUGCUUGUAGGGAGACUGUUGAGCACCAUUCUCAGUCAGCAUGCUGACAAGGGGAAUCAUCUACCUGCUUGUGUAUGUGUUUUGUUUUGAAUGCCACAAUCAAUAUUAUGUACAACGAUCCACGCACCACCAACCAAGUCACCAAGCAUGACCACCUGAUCCUUUUGGUCCUCUCUUACGACCAGCAUAGGUUGCUGGGGACCUGUUCUAACCAGGGAUGCCCACAAGGGACCUGCUUGUCAAUGACAGUAGUCUAGACAUGACAGGGAGUGGUAAACUAACCAGCAUCUACAUCUGUGCUAAAUAUAUUGGAUACAAUCUGUGACCUUAGCCACUAAUCCAAAGCCUGCAUCUUGUAUUGUUUCUUUCAGUCUUGUAUUUGCUGAGUCCAUACAUAAACACCAAGAUCUUGCCUGGCUUGUGGUCAGCAUGUUAAUCAUGUGAAGGAAAAUACUAAUGACAUCUUGAUGACAUAUAUAUAAUGCUUAUCCAUGUAUUUGUGGGGUUUUUUUUAAACAUUUUGAAUAUGCUUGCAGUCUGAUUGACCUUUUGUCCAUUUUGUCUCAAGACUUUUAGGUAAUCAUGUCAUUUCUGCAUUGUUGUGUAAGCAUCCUGUAGGUUGCUUUAUGUAUGGCUAUAUCAGUGAUACAAUCACACAGUGUUUAUUCUACAAGUUUUUAUGAACACAAAGAUAGUGCUAUUCUACAGGUUUUACCAUUUCUACUGCUGUAUUACAUACAUUCAUCAUAUUUGACCCAAACUUUUGAAAUGCCAGGAAAGAUAGAUUAUCACUACAUGGUAUUUCAUCAAGAUAGUGCUUUACCUCAAUACAUUAUGGUUUUUCAAAGUUGCACAACAACUAAUGGGAUUGCUUUAAUAGUGCCCCUGCUCUGUUGGUCUAUCAUGUCAGUCUUAGUUACCCAGGGCAGGUAUCGCGGCUCGGUAGUCGUGUGUAACAGGAAUUAUACUGAAUCCAUCAUGUAAAUAUUGCUUCUUCGUUUUCAGACAAGACGAUGUCAGGGACAUGUCAUUUAAGUCACUAUGGACAUGCAGUUGUACCAAGCAGUGGUCAGUUUAAACCAAGUGUGUGUGGAAGCGAUGUCCAAAUGUGUGUGUGUAUGUGUGAGAGGUAGCGAACACAACUAUAUUUAGGUUGGGUUGAACAAACUUUGUGUGUGUCCAGAUCCUGGUCGACUGUCUCACUCAAGGUGCACGACCAGGUGACUUCAUCAAGUACCACUCACAUAAUGUUAUACCAAAUAAAAUAUUCAGUUACACAAGUUCAUGUUUAUUAUUUCGACCUACCCAAGCUAACUUGUUCUGUCAAGCAUUAAAUAAGAAAGUUUCUUACACGCCCAUGGGUGAGAAACCCAUUUGAUAUAACUGGUAUCAAACGUGUAAGAUGGAUUCCCAGGUCUGUGAUUGGCUACUCCAUGGUGAUGACCUAAGGUCAGAUUAUGAUUGACCUCUUUCCUGGUUGUAAUCCACUGACAGAUUUCUUGUGCUUCAGUGGAAUUCACCUAUGUCUGUCACGAAGCAUUUUGGUUUUGUAAUGUUCGUAAAAAAAUGUUUUUGCAGGGUCACACUAGGUGUGAGUUGUUAGCAGUAAGCUGGAUGACGACACUUAUGACUUUUGCGUGAUGUGCGCCACUGCGAUCAUGAGGAUAGACAAAAUAUGAAACAAUUUGAUGCUAAAAUGGAUUUUAGAGUGCGUAAAAAACGCCUUACUGCACAUAUGCAUGUCAUUUACGAUAUAUCUUACAAGUCGUAAGAUGAAUGGUAUCUGACAGACACGUGUGUCGAAGUCUCUGUGUCCUUUUAUAUUAUUGAUAGCAAGUGCCAGGAAGACUGGGAACAUUUAAUACCACAAAAACAAACUUCUGGGCAUUAAAUACUCAUUAACAACCAUAAAGCUAAACAACACAGUGUGUAUCUUCUGAGAAACUUGCAGUAUCUGUCGGACCAGGAGAAAGUACUUAGUAUCCAUCAAAGUAACUUUUGUAUGCUUAUACCUUUUGUUUGUCUUCAUAGGUGUAGUGACAAGAUUAGUGCUAAUCUACGCCUGUACAAGGUGAAUAUCCGUAAUGUGGUAUUAGCUGCUUUAUAAGGAGAUAAAAUGUGCCUGAUGUUUGACAAUGGAAGCUGACAUCACCAUCUAGACUUGCCUGGUGCUAUAUUACCAAGGGUGUUAUGCACUAGACUUGCCUGGUGCUGUAUUACCAAGGGUGUUAUGUACUAGACUUGCUUGGUGCUGUAUUACCAAGGGUUUUAUGUACUAGACUUGCUUGGUGCUGUAUUACCAAGGGUGUUAUGUACUAGACUUGCCUGGUGCUGUAUUACCAAGGGUAUUAUGUACUAGACUUGCCUGGUGCUGUAUUACCAAGGGUAUUAUGUACUAGACUUGCUUGGUGCUGUAUUACCAAGGGUGUUAUGUACUAGACUUUCCUGGUGCUGUAUUACCAAGGGUGUUAUGUACUAGACUUGCCUGGUGCUGUAUUACCAAGGGUAUUAUGUACUAGACUUGCCUGGUGCUGUAUUACCAAGGGUAUUAUGUACUAGACUUGCCUGGUGCUGUAUUACCAAGGGUGUUAUGUACUAGACUUGCUUGGUGCUGUAUUACCAAGGGUAUUAUGUACUAGACUUGCCUGGUGCUGUAUUACCAAGGGUGUUAUGUACUAGACUUGCCUGGUGCUGUAUUACCAAGGGUGUUCUGUACUAGACUUGCCUGGUGCUGUAUUACCAAGGGUGUUAUGUACUAGACUUGCUUGGUGCUGUAUUACCAAGGGUAUUAUGUACUAGACUUGCCUGGUGCUGUAUUACCAAAGGUGUUAUGUACUAGACUUGCCUGGUGCUGUAUUACCAAGGGUAUUAUGUACUAGACUUGCCUGGUGCUAGAUUACCAAGGGUUUUAUGUACUAGACUUGCCUGGUGCUAUAUUACCAAGGGUGUUAUGUACUAGACUUGCCUGGUGCUGUAUUACAAAGGGUGUUCUGUACUAGACUUGCCUGGUGCUGUAUUACCGAUGAUCAAGGUCUGGACAUGCUUGGUGGUAUAUUACCAUAGCAUACAUUAUUUAGUCCUGCCUAGUAAUGUAUUAAUAAGGUUAUCUCAAGUGUAUAGCAUCACACCACCUCCUGUCACAGCCAAUGUGGAAAAUGCUUAACUUCACACACCAUAUGCUGGUGUCCACAGCUGUUGACGCUACCGGUACAUGCCAAGCUCACCUUACCUGUUGACUAUCCAAUUCCAAUAGAUACCAAAAUGUUAGCUCAAUCAAUUUGUUCUUUUUUCCGUUUCCACCCACACAGUAUAUAAUUCACUAGGUAAUGGUAGUUUUAUACUCUAUUAAUGCCAUUAUUAUCUAUUAUCAGUAACCUGUUAGAGGUUCAGAGAUAUUUUUUUCUGAAAUUGUGUCGAGGUCCUUGUUCAUUCCAACAGGAUAUUUUUAUUUGCAGCACUUGUACUGAUAUGUGUGUCAAUCUCUUCAAAGAUCAAUAAACUAUGUCAUAAAGAUAGCGAGACGCGCUGAGAUAACAGCUGAGCACAAUCCAUGGUUAGUGGGACACUCAGUACAUGAAAUUAAUACUGUAUUGGAGUCCUGCUCAGAAAUGAUGUCAUCAAAUUUCAUUGUGAAGACAUUGCUAAAUCUUACUAUGCUGUUGUUCAUAGGAAUUUAUCUGGGUUUCCGUCAAGGCCCAUAUGUCUCCGGAUCACCCACAAAUGUCAGCAACAUUCUCAUAUUUGAACUGAAAUAUCCCAGUUCAUAUAAUCAUGUACCAGGAUAGCCCUGAUCUUUUGGUUUUACAAAGGUGACUAUUAUUUCCCUGAAAACCAAACCAUUUAAUAAAACCCAUCAUAUUGCCUUGUAUGCAAAGCUAAAUUAUCUCCUAAAUUAAAAGUAACGACUUAAUUUUUCACCAUAUUUGUAAAAAAAAGCCUAUCAAUGCCAACGUUCCUAUUGUUACAAGGCUACCCAGUGAUACACUGCUCCAUGCUGAGUUGUCCCCCCUAGUUGUCAAAGGUUGAAGUCCAAGUUUGGACCCAGUUAUGAUAGUUGGUCUGUCAGAGCCAAACUCGAGCUCAUGGUUCCAUCAAAGUGGUACACAUUGUUGGUUUAAGUUUUACACAUUAAGCUGACAAGCUGUCAUACAGUUACAUCUAACAGUAUCUUAGUUAUAUAAAGGUAAUAUUACUUUUGUUUUGACACUUUUCUGUUUGUCUUCUCAAUGAUCCUGUGUAGCUAAUAUGUCGACCUCUUGCAUGAGCUGGUCCAUGGUUGCAAACAGCCUCAUCACAUUCAGGUGAUGGUUAAAUGUCCUUGUCUAUAGAUCUUGUGAUACAGUCGCACAUGAUGCAGCAGGGGGAUGUGGUGUACUGUUUAAAUAUUCAUGCUGCUUGUGUAACUGUACAUACAUUACAAAUCUUUCACUUGUCACAACUGUAUUAUUUACAAAGUGUACAUAGGAGUUGACAUAUUCAAUACUUUACUCAAUGCUUACAUCGAAAACUAAUGGAUGAAAUGUUAUGUGUAAUGGAAAACAGUUUGUAAAUAAUCAAGAAAUAAUGAAUAAAUUAAUCAGGUUGCCAAUGGA